AUGUCGUCAGCACGCGGCAGAGGAACUGUAGAGCAAGGUAGAGGACGAGGAACAGCGCGAGGCACGUCGACAACGCGUGGAGGAGGAGGCUCCAAAGGAAGUGCAUCGCGUGGCAGGGUGACGGGUCGACGGACUUUUGGAAGCCCUUCCCGUGGUGAUGCGACAGCUCCAGCUCGAGGAAGUUUUGCUGCGGGAUCAUCUCUGGCCAACACUUCAAAUGGCUUUCCUUUCGGCAAGCAGAGUCAACAACCGGGCGCAUUCGGCGGAGCACAGUCAAAAGGCAAUUGGGCGCAGCGAUAUGAGCAGCUCGAGACGUCUCGUGAACAGGAACGGGCGCAAGCCAUACGCCAGGGCCUCAUUGCCGACCCGAACAAGCCUCGAUCGUUGGCCGAUGCCAUUACACCUGUUGGAACAUGCCAGGGGAUGUGCGCGGAGUUUGAGAGAGUGCAAAGGGUUGUUCAGAACGACGUUUGGGCGGAAGAGACAGAUCAGAACCGGACGGCGUAUAGCAUCGGAAAUGCUCAGCCGGAUGAAGUACGCUUUGUCAAGAAGUUUCGCAGAGCAGCAGCUGGUUUGGAGGAGCAAUUGCCGUCGGAUCUGCGACCACCCGCGAUUCUCAAGAAGACAUGCGACUACCUGUUCGACGAAGUAAUUGGACAAGCACCGGCACUGGAGAAGGUGCACCAUUUUGUUUGGGAUCGAACACGGGCGAUCAGAAAUGACUUCUCGAUACAACAAGUCACCAGAGCCGAGGAUCUGAGCAUUGCAAUUGAAUGUUACGAGCGGAUCGCACGGUUCCAUAUCGUCUCUCUUCACCAGCUGGCUGUGCACCCACGGCCAUACGAUAAGUACGAUGCGCAACAGGAGCGCGAGCAGCUGGACCGGACGCUUUUAUCCCUGAUGCAAUAUUACGACGACAGCCGUGGUCGGGUUAGCUUACCAAACGAAGCUGAAUUCCGAGCAUACUGCGUGAUCUUCCAGCUGCAGGACCCUAUUCCAGAUAUGGAAGAUCGUGCGCAGAGCUGGCCGAGACAGAUCAUGAUGGAUAACCGAGUUCGAGUAGCGCUGGAGCUCUACGCAGCUGCGUGUAACACCAUGGAUGCGCAGGGACCGCUGAAGCCACGAGCGAACCAUCUGAUCGCACAGCAAGAUUUCCAACGCUUCUGGAGUAUUGUAGAAUCCAAGAAAACAUCAUAUCUCAUGGCGUGUGUGGCGGAGAUCUACUUCAACCUUGUGCGGCGCACCACGCUCGAAGCGCUUUACAGGGGUUUCCGACAGAGUCCGAACAGAUCUACGGAGGAUUGGACUGCUGAGGCACUACGCGAUCUCCUCGCUUUCGACGAUGUCGAUCAGGUCUUUACGUUCAGCCAGGCCUACGGAUUCUCGUUUGGCAAGCGUGCAGAUGGAAACCAGUACAUCGAUCUGGUUUCUGUCAGAGGCGAGAUGCCACAGCCCAAUGUUGGACUGCCGAAGCAAUGGAGAAGUGAAAUGGUGGAGAUGAAGAGAUUCGGGAGGACAUUACCUGCCACUAUCAGUGGUAUGACGGUGAAGCAGGCGCGGGAAGCAGGUUUGAUGCAUGCUGAAGAAAAUGAAGACGAAAUGGAAGAUGUGGAUGGGAUGAUGGACGGGACCGAGCAGGAAGCGGCGGGGCCUGAUCUUGAUGACGGCGAAGGUCUUUUCGUUCCGGAAGUGGCCCCGCAACAAGAGCAGAAGAAGCCUACGACGUUUGAUCAACUCGUGUCGAAUUGCGUCGUGCAGACUUCAGCUGCCACGGCUCCCACAAGUACAGCCAAGACCACCGAUAACAGUGGAUGGAGUUUUGGUAAGCCAUCGACUAAUAUCACGGGUCCGAGCAAUGCGACCUCGAGUGGUCCACCUGGAAAGCUCUUCGACUUCACCGCGGCAAAAGCGGCGGCACUAGCUGUUGCUCCCACUGCCCCAGCAAGCACGCCUUUGCCAGCCUUCAAGCCUUCACCCUUUCAAGGAAGCACAUUCAACUUCGCGUCGGCUGCACAACCAGCCCGCCAGACCUCGCCAGCCUUCAAUGGGGCACAAAGUGUCUUCGAUAUGCCGGCUGCAACUGCGCCGAUGCCGGUGUUCAAUUUUACAGGCGCUCCCACGUCACACGGCAAUGGCACUGAUUUGCCAGCGGUGCCAGCGCUUUUUCAGAAUCUACCUCAGUCAACAGUGGAGUCGCCACCAAGUUCGCCGGACGAGGCAUCUUCCAUUUCCGCUCAGCCACCUAAUUUGGCAAGCGCGACCUUCGUACCCGAUCACGCGCCAGCGAGCGAGCCGAAGAUCGUGCAACCUUCACAACCCGCGUUAACGACUUCGCCGAAAGACAAGAAAGCUUCACCAGCUUCACCAGCUUCACCAGCUGUGCACGAGACACCUUCCAUUUCCAUCGAGCGGCGUGCUUCUAUCAACCACCAACACAAACCACGUGUGCCAAGUCCGCUCCGAAAGGGGUCAAGCUUCGAGGACUUUCGAAGCGCAGGCAACACUACUGUUUCACAACCAACGGCCGCUGACAUCUUCGAUCGGCUCGCUAGAGAAAUACUCGAGGACUCGACAUCUGGCUUCUUGAGACAGUAUCUUGAAUAUACUGUUUCACAAACAGUCGCGCAAACACAGGCGCAAGUCCACCGCGAGCUGGUCAACAAAGAGGCUGACGACUUCCGCCGAUAUAUCCUUGAACGUCGGUACGGGAGGAGGUGGCGCGAGGCCCUGUGGCGAAGGAAGUCAACACUACGCGCACACGCGCGACGACAGAGAGCAAGGAGAGGUUUGGAGGACUUAAGGAGCGACAAGGUUUCUGAUAUGGGUAGUACAAUGAGUCGCAGUCGUGCAAGCACGAUGGACGACGCGCCAACUCGACCCGAGAGAGUCGACAAGAUAUUCCAGCAGACUGUGCUUGAUGAAAUACGGCCGUCACAGCAUCUUUUGAAAUCCCAUGCAGCAGCCGGCAAUAAGCGAUCUUUGUCUUCACUGGCAAAGGACGCUCCCCCCAUCAACGGCUUCUCGCACAAACGUCAGAAGAGUGUAAGCCAAGUAAACGGCGCGAACAGCUUACACCAGCUUGACCACAACAGUGCACAGGCUGAUCUGUUGAGACGUUCGGCAUACCUGGCAGGUUCUCCUCCCGGCCAAGAGCGGCAGCAAAGCACGACACAAACGAAUUACUUCCGACUCAAGGCUAUGGGCAUUGAUCCUGUGGCGAAGAUGAACGAGGCAGAACGUGGAAGGAAGCGGAGGAGAUCUGACUCGGUUGAGAAUGCAUCAAAGACACCAUCGGACAGUAAUGGGCGUUCCCCAAUUCUGAGCCUGACGGCCAAAGCAUCAGCGCCAAAGUCCCUGAUGCUACCGCCACCUACGACAAGCGCAAAGAAGGACGACAGCGACGAUGCACUUUUCGCACGACUCAAAGCGGCCAGGGAGGCGCUUGCAGAGAGUGGGUCGAUCGUGAAGGAUAUUGUGGCAAAGGAGCAGGAGAUGCAAAAGAGUCUAGAUGCUUCGAGGUCCUCCAACGACUCUCCCUCAAUGAUGAAAGCGCGAGCUGAAGCAAGGUGGCGUGCGUCAAGACCUGGCUCUGUCGUACCUACACCAGAGCUACAUGGAGACGUGCCAGCUUAUCGACUAAGGGAGAGCAGAUUCGUGCCACGUGAACAGUACGGCAAGGCCAUCGAGCGCUCCAAGGUCUUUCGCGAGUCACGGUCGUGCGAGAUUAGCAGGCCCGAGUCUCGUUUCGAUGAUACCACGUUCGAUCAGUCUGUCAGCGACUUCGUCAAGCCAGUCUCGCACAGCUUUGCGCCUGCUACUUCCUACAACUUCGACAGCCCGGCACAGAAUGGUCAGCAAGCCAAUGGCCUGGCAUAUCCGGACUUGCCGAAGUGGGAGCCUCCAGCACCCCUCACGCAGCCAAGCAGUUUCGCUCCUGCUUUGUCACAAACCACCUGGAAUUUUGGUUCGAACGAUAAGCCGCUUGAGCCUUCAACAUGGGAUCCCGCCAUGUUGACACAGGAGAAAGUGGCACACAUCUCCGACCCAGCACUGUACAACCCGCCCGUUGAUGCUGAUCCAUUCGCACCAGCUGAAAAUGGGUUCGUCGAUCAAAUCCGGGACAGUGCAGGUUUCUGGCCAAACGAGAUACAGCAUCAGACCAUUCCGCCGUCGCAGAUCGAGGAGACGCUCGCAAGGUCGUUCGGUCAUUACCAGGAAACGCAGCCAGAUCCCUACUUCGAUGCUGCCGGACCUAGUCCGCCUCAAGAUGCACGCAGUCAGUAUGCUAAAUCGCGAUCCGCUUCCCAGGUCAUCUCGCUUCUUUCAGAUGACGAGGAAGAAGAGGAGCAGCAGGCUUCUGCUCCCGCCGGGUAUGCGCCAAUGAUCGCUCAGCUAGCCACGACCAAUGGUGGAGCGCGCGAGCCUGAGGACGGCGAUGGCACGUUUGGGUAUGGCAGAUUCGAGAACCACAACGCCGAGGUUCCUGAUUCGUAUCAGUAUACUCAACAUCAGACUCAGUACUCAAACAAUCCUUAUGCUGUACUGGCAGGUGAGUAUAGAGGUGACACUGAGGACGAUGGAGAGGUGAAUCUUGAGGACGAAGAGGAAUUGGAGGAAGAGGACACGGAUGUUGACGCGGCUCCUGCCACGAAUGGCCAUCGUUUUCGAAGCGAGAAUGCUGAUGAUGACGAAGAGGGUGACAUUGGAGAUACAGAGGAAGACUAUGAUGAGGAAGAAGAGUACGAUGAUGAAGAGGAGGGCCAAGGUGGGCCAGUCAGAACUUUCAGGAGUCACCAUCGUGCAGAUGAGGAGGGAGAGGAGGAGGGGUUCGACAGUGACGACUAUGAUGAAGAAGACGAGGAAGAAGAUGAGGAGCCUCGUGGUGUAUUUCCUAACGCGGGCAGGUGGCCAGCACAGAGCGCCAAGGAUCCGGCUCUGCAGAUGGUGGGCAACACGGAGGAGGAAGCGAUCGAGCUUAACGGGAAGAUGGCGGACGCAGCGAGACCGUCGACGCCACCGCGCACCUCAGCACCCAAAGCCACAGACAUGACACCGGAGCAGGUCAGGCGCAUGGAAGAAUCACGACUAAAAGCCAAAGCCAUACGACAGCAGCAACAAGUAGCAGAGGGUCGCAAGACAGCAGAAAAUGCAUCCGGCUACCCCGUCACCUCCACAGCCGGCCAGAAACGAGCGCACUCGUCCAUCACCUCCUCCCGCGAUGCGCCACCCACUAAGCGCGAUGCCCGCAAAGACUCAGACAAGUCGAGAGGCAUCGAUGGCCUGUCAGGUGACACCGAUAUCCGCGUCGCGAGGAAAUUCCAGAAGUAUGUCGAGUACGACUUUAGCAAGAUGACCGAUACGAAGGGAGGUUUCAUGACACACGAAGAUGAUCCGUUCAAUAAAGCACUACACGCGCCUGAUGCAGCGGAUAAACCGGCAAAUAUGACGUUGAAGGAGUGGGAACGGCAGCAAUUACAGAAACGGCUAAGGGAGCGGAGGGAAGGACCGUAUGAGCCUGGAUUGUCGGUCCUGGACAAGAGGGAGAUCACGAAGAAGUGUCAGGAUUGUGGGAGUCUGGAGAUAGAUUGGCAGUGGGAUGAAUUGCUGAAAUGCCAAGUCUGCCAUACCUGUAAAGAAAAGUUGCCGGAGAAGUAUUCGCUCCUUACCAAGACGGAAGCGAAGGAGGACUACCUCCUGACGGACCCGGAGUUGAGGGAUGAGAGUUUGUUACCGCAUCUGGAGAAGCCGAAUCCGCAUAAAAGCACCUGGAAUAAUAUGAUGCUCUACCUCCGCUUCCAAGUUGAGGCCUAUGCUUUCUCCAAGAAGAAGUGGGGUAGCGCAGCAGCAUUAGACGAAGAGUUUGAGCGCAGGCAGAAGGAGGGGAAGGAUAGAAAGGAGAAGAAGUUUCGGAAUAAACUCGAGGAGUUGAAGAAGAGGACGAGAGUGGAGGCGUAUAAGCGGGGGAGGAAAGGUGGUGGUGGCGAGUUCGGAGAUGUUAUUGGUGGUGGGAGACAUGUUCAUGAGUGGGGUAGGCAGGUGGAGGAUCCGGAGACCGGGAUGCUGAGGCGACGGUGCGCGGAAUGUGGGAUGGAGGUUGAGGAGAUGGAGUUGUGA